AUGAAACAGGAAAGCGAGGAGCUAGACCCCUCGAAUUUCCGGCAAAUGGAUCGAUUCCGAGAAGUCCAGGCGACGGUUAGAUUGAAUAAAGAGCGGUUGGACCGAUUGAAAGAGGAUACGUUACAAAAGGUCGACCUCCUCUCGGCUAGCCGAUCUCAUCUACUGUCGCAUUUGUUAGGACGAUACCUCGAGCUCCUCACGACAUACUACCAAAAAACGGGAACAAUCUAUGCAACGCUGGCCAAGAACCUUUCGGUCUACGAUCAUUAUGAUUUUGAAAUAUUGACGGAACUGAUCGAGCCCUCAAGAAAAGCUGCUCAAAAGGCUCGGCAAGAAAGUGUAGAGAAAGAGCGGGAAGAAGAGGAGCAGCAAAAGGCUGUUGAGGCCGAGCAACCGGACUUGAUGCAAUUCAACGACCGCGACGAGACGAGCUUACGCUAUUUAUUUGGAGGAGAAUCACCCAGUGAGGAGAGGAUUGUGACGGAUAGGAGGCGACUUGCCGACGAUGAGGAGCGACCAGAUAGUCCGCUGGUAGGAGAAGCUGAGAUUGGGAUGGAUGCGCUGGAGGGGUUGCGAGUUGACGACCUAUCAAACUUCGGGCCCCUCCCAUCGCUAUAUCAAGCCCAAAACGUGCCGAAAUUGACGCCGCCCCCGGAGAAUUUCACUCAAAAGCCCCCACUGUCCAAGACGAUUCCAAAACACGACCCGUUCGACUUAUUAUCGUUGAGUGGGGAUCUCUUCCGCCCCAAAGCAAAUACCGAUGGCUCCGAUCCUACAAAUCCGACAAAUGCUUUCCAGGGGAAUGCCGGGUUUAGUAAUGAAUGGGACUCUCUACUCUCCCAAUGCGAUCUACAGACUACAAAUGACUUGAUC